GUAGUCCUUGGUGGGGGCGCGCGAGGAAGCCCCUCUUGGCCCCGCUUCCCUUCGGGUCCGCCGUAGGCCGCGCGCAUCCCCGGCCUCUAUUAGGAGCUGCUGCCCCGGGAGGAAGCGCGGGAGGCGGGCUGAAAAAGAAUGUGGCGGUUCCCUCGGAGGAUAGCGUUCCUCUCCCUGUCGUUGUGGAAAUUAUUUUUUUGGGGGGGGUUAACCUUCCCCAUUGAGGGGGUAAAGGGGCUGCCCUUAGUUUUUGUUAUUUGCAGUUGACGGGAGAAGUUCGGGCGCUCCCCGUUUUAUUUCGUUUGUUGAAAUAAGAUUUAUUUCAUGCCCCUCCUUUUCCUCCGAGGGAGGUCGAGGUGGGGGAAAUUCAUACCCCCCCUUUUCCCGUUUUACCUUCUCACAGCGACGCUGUGAGGUAGAUUAGGUUGAGGGAUGAGUGACUUGGCCCAAGGUCACCCCAAAAAGGGGGAGACCCCUCCAAAGUUUCCUCCAAAUUGGGGUGUGUGUGAAGGGCCUCCCUUCAUUAUCCUCCCCUUCGUACAUAAUUUUAUGUUAUUUAUUAUAGUCAGGUAAAUUUGUUUAGGUGGCCCCAAAGAGCCUGGAAGGGGCAAUGAAAACAGCAGAGGGUUGUCUCCAGCUUAUUUCUACUCAGAGUAGACCUGUUGUUGGAAUCAAUGGACCUAAGUUAGUCAUGUCUCUUAACUUCAGUGGGUUUGCUCUGAGUAGGAAUUAGCAUUGGAUAAAAUCCCGAUUUUCACAAUUCAGAAUUGGGUCAUGAACUGAGAAAAUGGCAGAAAAAGCCAGUAUUUUCUUUUUUAAGAAAUGGUGACUAGAGUUUCAGCACUCUGCACGGAUCUACUUUGAGAUCUGCCAACUGAGAAAUGAUUACUUUGGUAUCUUUUGGAGACUCUCUUGUUUGGGCCAGAAGCCGAUGGCCUCCAGUUCCUGGAGUUAGAAACAGCUACACCUAAGAUGGCUAAUCACUUGAAAUUCGUCGCUCGGACAGUGAUGGUGCCCAGUGGCAAUGUGGAGGCUGCCUAUCGAGUCCUCAACAGGGUCCUAACUAUGGACGGGAUCAUUGAUAGGAGCAAGCGCCAACGGUAUUAUGAGAAGCCCUGCCGGAAGAGGCAGCGGGAGGCGUACGAGACGUGCCGGAGGAUCUAUAACACGGAAAUGGCUCGAAAGAUCAACUUCCUCAUGCAGAAGAACCGCUCAGACCCAUGGCUCGGUUGCUGAGUUUGGAAGGCACAUCCAAGCAUAGUAACUGCUGCAAAACCGAAAUGAGCUGUUUAUGACUUUUCUGAGCAAAGCUAACACCCCCCAUCCACUUCAGUGGGAUCUCUGAAAGACUGACUCCCCAUAUUUUUUUGUUUGAAAAUAUUUUUAUGUUAUCUUUUUUUUUAAAAAAAUCAACAUUCUAUAUUGUUUGUCAGCAACAAACUUCACUAGUGUGUUACCGUUUGAUAUCUUGUGUGUUAAGCAAAAGUCGCUGGGCAUUCCAUCCCAAGCAUAAGCAGUUUUGCUUGGAGGUGUUGACUUGGGUUGUUGAACGCUUCAAAAUUAUGGGGAGGAUCCGCCCUUUGCUGGGAGAACUAAUACAUGAGGCAGAGACUUUGUUGCAUACAGUUCUAUAUGCUGGCAUGUUUGCUUUCUUGGGUAAGCUUUUAAAAAAAUAAAAAGAGGCUUCUCCCUCGUCAGUUGACAGACA